AUGCGCUACCCGAAAGACCUCCAGUGGUGGCCUAUUGAGAUCUUGCGGGCCUUGGGUGACCUCGCCGACGAAAUGCCAGGUAUCGACAACGGGAACAACGUCUACGAUCUACUGGUAGUGGGCAAAAUGAAGAGGAUAAAGAACAACUCGUCAGCAGAGAUACAGCUCAGCGACAUAGAAUUCGUUCGAGGGCGCGUUCGGGCGGGAGAAGAGAAGGGAAAGCAGAAUAUGGUUGAUGCAACUAUGGAUGAUGACGUCCAUCCGGCUGAUGAUAUAGACGAAUUCGAUGCCGCUAUCGAGCCGGGCGUGACUUCUGGAGCAACUCUUCUCCCAAACGCAACCAAUGCCCUUCCACCAGCUAUACUCCCCUCCGAAGAUUGA